AUGUCUUCGCCGCCCGCAGACCCCUCGCCUUCCGCGUCCGCGCAAAAAAACCCGAUGUCUUGGUCCGCUGUAGUCAAGAAGGCGUCCUCUACGAAGGGACAGCCUUCUGCGGACAAGACGACUUCAGCGAAGACGCCUGCUUCUACUACGGAGAAGCCGACGCCUGCUGGGAAACCUUCGCCCGUCAACGCUAAUCGCGCGCGCAUGCUCCCCAGCUACGCGACAGCACACCUCUCGCCCGUCAUAGGAAGCAUCGGUUCGCGCCUUGGCGAAGCGCGCGUGGGUCCACCUCCAGCGGCUUCUUCUGCACCAUUCCACGCAGGCGGUGUUGCUCCCUCUGCGUCCUUCUACCCGGCGGCUCCCAAUACCUAUCCGGGUUUCUACCAGCCGCCACAAGAACCCACAGAGGCGCAAUCGUCAGGCAAAGUGACCAAGCCAUUUGCGAAAGAAGCUGGUGGACACAGCAACGCUGAACGUUGGGUCCGUACCGAGCGCGCGGCUGCGUCAGCUAGGGCCGCCGCCAUGACGCCCCAGGCCUCUGUCCCUGCUGUGUCUGCCUCGGUCUCUGGGCCCCUUGCUGGAGGCAGUAGGAGCAGUAUCAACGCCGCUGUGGACCCCAACGCUACUCUUCCGGCUUAUGGCGACGGCGGUCCAAGUGCUGUCCGCCGCUCUACGACAUCCGGCAACGCGAUCACGCCAGCAGUACCCAACUUCGUUCUUGGCGGCAGUCGUACCAUCGACGCGCACAAGCGAGCGAGCAGUGGCCCUUCCGGCCCUUCAGUUGCAAUCGGCUCUGAACGCGAGUCGGGCGCACUGAUUCUCUCUGACGUGCCUCAGCGAAGGUUAAUAGCCCUCACACUCAGCCUUGUUCGCUCAGCCAUCGCGAAGCAGAUCCGGACGGAUAACAAGUACGAGGCAUUCAAGGAGUUCCUCGACAGGGUCUGUCCUAUCGGCGGUGGAGUGCCUGAGCUCGAUGAAUGGAUCCCCUCGAUCGCAUUCGCUUACUGGUACCCAAUGACUGACCAUGACUGGAUGAUCUACGGGCACGUAGUGGGCCACUUCAAGCUAUCCGAAGAAGCCGACAACGUUUUGGGAAGCGUCACCGCAGCUGGCUUCGAUAGAGUCAACACCACGUUUGACUCCGCCAUUCUUUUUCCGCUUCGUGGGCCGGUUGAUCAGCUGAUGCGCGAUUUGGCUGUGCGAUUCAAUCUCAACAAGCCUUACGAUGUGAACAAGGAGAAGAAGGACAGAAACUCCGAUCCAUGCUAA